CAACCACACUCAUCACUUCUGCAGCUAUCACGCGCACGUGCUCAACGGUUCCUGAAGUUUGAAUUCGCUGACGCACGCGGUGCUCCGAGCUCGGCGGCCGUUAGUCCUGUAACCGAAACUUCAGGAAACUUGGAUUUCUCAGGUUUUGUUUCAGAGAGAAGCUUUUAUCUUAAACUCUCCGAGGAUGCGCUUGACGGUGUUUUCUGCGAGCGCCCUGCUCAUCGUGUCCCUCCUGGAGCGAGUGAGUGGACUUCAAACCAUAUUUGGCCAGUAUGGGGAGACUGUUGAGGUGCCUUGCAACAAAGGGGAUGCCAAGGCAGAGGACAUCUUCAUAACCAAAUGGAAAUAUACCAAAGCAGACAGCAGCACUGGUGACUUGCUGGUGAAAUCAGGGGCUCAUAAUGCCACAGCCUCCUCAGAUGUGGAUUACUUUGGCAGAGUAAGCCUUACAAAGGACCUCAGUCUGCGCAUUGCCCAAGCAAAACUAUCUGAUCAGAAGAUUUUCACUUGUAUGGUGGUCAUAGGCUCAGACAUAUUUGAGUACCCUGUUCAAGUGAAAAUUGAAAAGGCACCCUCUGCUCCCAUGAUCACCAAUCAAGCCACAAAAAUGGAAAUGGGAAAGCUAACAACACUGGGAGAGUGUUCAACUAAAGAUGCCAACCCUGCAGCUAACAUCACAUGGUUCAAGAACAACAUUCCACUUGUAGCUGAUGAGAAAGUGAUCAAGAUCACCACAACUGUGCAGACAGAGAAAACGACCGGCCUCUCGUCUACAUCUUCCAAACUUGAGUAUGCUGCUGUGAAGGAAGACCUGAAUGCUAAGUUUGCCUGUGCUGUCCAGCAUAAGAGCCUGGCUUCAGACCUAGUGUCUGCUCCUGUGAUCUUUGUCAUUAACUACCCCACUGAGAAGGUCAGCCUUCAGGUCGUUUCUGCAGACCCGAUCAAGGAGGGAGACAAUGUGACCUUGAAAUGUAAAGCUGAUGGGAAUCCACCUCCCUCCAGCUAUAGCUUCCACAUCAAGGGGAAAAAGGUGAAAGUAGAGAAUUCAGACACCUACACGCUGACCAGUGUCACGCGGGCCAGUACGGGAGAAUACAAGUGCUCCCUGGUGGACAAUGAUACAAUUGCAAACUCUGCGAAUAUCACAGUUAUGUAUCUGGACGUCAACCUAACAAGAGGAAGGAUUGUUAAACAUUUAGAUGAGAGCUUUGAGGCAACAUUAAUGGUCAAUGCGGUUGGAGUUCCACAAGUCUCCUGGUCAAAGAACAAUGCCAAACUGAAUGCUCCACCAAAGUUUGACAAACUGAAGUACUCAGAUUCUGGAGUGUACGAGUGUGUGGUUUCUAUGGCAGGAAUCAUCAGAAAAGCCUCAUUUGAACUGAUAGUUCAAGGUGCCCCAGUGAUCAACAAGCUGACCAAGCAGCGCAGUAAUGACGGCAAUUUCAAGGUUCUGAGCUGCGAGGCUGAAGGCUCGCCCAAACCCACCGUGCAGUGGAGCAUUAAUGGCACUAAUGCUACUGAGACUCCGUAUGUGGAAGGGAGGAUCACACACAGAAUCACCAUCAUUCCAACAGUCAAUCUCACAGUCAACUGCACAGUUUAUAAUGAUCUAGGCCAAGCCUCAAAGAGCCUUGACGUGUCGACUCUAUAUGAGGAGGUGACAAUGGACAAGCGAGAGGACUCUACUGACCAGACUCGAGUGGCAGUGGGGGUCAUCAUAGGCGUGAUCCUGGCGGCUGUGGCUAUUGGUCUGAUUUACUGGAUAUACAUGAAGAGAACCAGGCAAGGCACAUGGAAAACUGGAGAAAAAGAGGACGGCACACUGGAGGAAAGCAAAAAGCUGGAGGAAAAUCAGAGUCAAAAAGCAGAGGUGUAAAACCAAAGGAUCCUUUCAGGGAGAGGAGGCAGUAUUGUAGCAAACUGUAUUACAAUCAGCACAAAUGUGCGGAAAGCUGAUAGUAGGCCAUCGCAUUUGGCUGAUGGACCAUUGUCUGAACCGAUGUCUAUAAUGUAUGUCUCUGUCCUCCUGCCAAGAGGAAGACCUUAUAAAUGAUGUUUGUUGUAUAGUUGUGAAUCUUCUGCACUGAGGAUUUCCUGUAUAAUGUACCUGUUUGAAAACCUGUGUAUGUUACAUGUUAAUUAUGUUGCUGUUCCUAUUUUUGAUUGUUUAUUAAAAGCAGAUUCCAUUUGUUUAGCCCAAUUUACCUCAUGUGUAAGAAAAAUAGCCUUUAAACUGUGACUCUGUUUGAAUUUUGGAAUAAGUUAGAUUGCUGAGUUUUUCCUGUUCUUUUCUAUGCUUUACUCAUUUUUGUCAGAUCACACGUACUAUCUAAAUAACGUCUACUGUUAACAGUUCUGUUUUUUUUUGGUUUUUUUGCAGUCUGUUGAGCACUUGGUUAAGUUUCAGUUCUGUCUUGAUAGGUAUUGAUUAUGUUGAUUACAAAAUAAAACUUCUUGGAAGUUAAAAUAAGUGCAUGUAGAGGGCAUGUAUCUGCAUUUUCAUGGGACUUUAAAACUAUAGGCUACCUGAUAAAACUAAAUUCUGAAUUCUGAAUAAAGGAAAUUACAUGUAGAUAACAAGACAGUAAUCAGGAUUAAUGUAAAUGUUUAAUGCUCUGUGUUGGAUGUUUGGGCAGUCUUGAAUCUGGAUUCAUUAUUUAGGGAUGCACAGAUAUGGGAAUUGCAGAUGCCCCCAUGUACAUAUCUGGCAAUACAGAUAAAUAAACAGAAAUCCACCUAGAUUACCAUUACAGAAAAAAAUGACACAGAGGUUACAAAUGCAAAAAUAUAAAAUGAGUAAAAGAUACUGUAUCACAGUAGCCUCUCAAGUAUGUGUUUUAAAUACCAGUCAAAUUGAAACAUCUGUUUGAUGCCAGUAUUUUUUGAGGCAAAUAUCUGCCUCUAUAUAUGCCAUCAUAUCUAGAUAUGAUUCUGAUAUCAUUGUGCAUCCCUACUUUACGAGAUAGAACAAGACUUGAAGAGCUGAAUAUGGAACCAUAUACAUACUAUGUCCUUAUAUGUUGGGUUUUUUUUUGUUUGUUUUUUUGGAAAACUCAAGUUUUACUGGUUCAGCUUCCCACUCCACUUUUAGAUGGGUAUAUGGACUCAGACCGCAGUAAACAGGCUUGAUGUUAGUUCCGAAUCUGAAAUCACAAUAAUGGCAACUGCUGGUUUCUCUUGCUCAGCAAAUGUUAAAGCCACCCGUGAUGCCACUAUGUGUCAAAUUUGUAAUUCACUGCUAGUCUGAACUUGCGGACUUGAAGGCCAAAAUAAUUUGAUGUGUGAACUAUGUAACCUUCCUGUUUACUUGAGACUUUGUUUAAGUACCUAAUGUGAAUACUUAUAAGUUAAAACUGCAAAACUGUAGAUCUGUUUAGAACCACGCCACAGUAGCGGUACGAAAUAUCACCUAAUCCUUUGUGUCCAAUUAUUUACCGUUCUUGUGCAGCGGAAUUGAAACUAAUCUAGUGUGAAUGCUUUAAAGCUGUAAAUAUUGCUAAAGUUUUGUUAUUUUUGUGUUCUAUUUAUAUUGUUAAAGGUUAGGCACGGUUGGUUUCUCCAAAAAAUAUACCUGCUACUGAAGGUUUGCUCUUGCAGGCAUUAAAAAUGUGAUAUUCUU